AUGCUCGGCACGGUGGUGCAGUGGUGGUUAACGUAUUAUCGCCUGAAAUUUGGCCGGCGGAAUCGAGAGAGAAAGUGGAGAAAUGAGCCAAGCGAAACUGACGAGGACUCAAUCGUCGUUGCUGAGAUCAUCUCCGACGAUUCGAUCUUCGAUUCACAGUCUCUCAUCAAUAACAGAAUGCGAUUUCGACGAAAUCUCUCACCACCGGAAUCAGGAUCUGGAAGCUGGCGAGAAAGAGGAGAAGCAGAGGAGAAGAAAACAACAGUCGAAAUCAUUCGGGUCGACCCGGAUAAAACCGGGUCUCACCUUCACGCUCGCUUCCCUCUCCUUCCUCAGCCUCUCCUCCUUCUUACUAUUCUUCGUCUUCUCCCAAACCGGUGA